UAAACCCAGAAACCAGAGAGCUGAUUUAGCUAACUUGAAGCCAGAGCAUAACAGUUAGCAUGGAUUCUUCAGCAGUUAGACAUAUUUCAGAAUCCUUUGUAAAACCUCACUGGAAAACAGAAGAGUCGAAACCGCCAUUUUAUCUGACUCCAUGGGACCUCGCAAUGCUCUCCGUUCAAUAUAUCCAGAAAGGUCUUCUCUUUGCCAAGCCACCAAAACCAGUAAUUCAUCUUCAACAAGAUGACUUCAUCAACUAUUUCUUGGACAAGUUGAAGGACUCUCUCUCCCUCGCUCUCGUCCACUUCUACCCUCUCGCCGGCCGCCUUGUAACUCGAAAACAAGACGACCCACCUUAUUUCGUCUUCGUUGACUGCAACAACAGCCCUGGUGCGAAAUUGAUCCAUGCAGCUCUGGACAUGACUAUGGAAGAGAUCCUCUCGCCGGUCUAUGUCCCUUUGGUAGUUCAGUCUUUUUUUGACCAUGAUAGAGCUGUUAAUCAUGACGGCCAUACUCGGCCUUUGCUGUCAAUUCAAGUGACAGAGCUGGUUGAUGGUGUGUUUAUCGGAGCUUCCAUGAAUCAUGCCAUUGGUGAUGGGACAUCUUUCUGGCAUUUCUUCAAUACAUGGUCUGAAAUCUUUCAAGGAAAGAGCUCGCCGUCAUCCAUCUCUCGCCCACCGGUUCUGGAUCGUUGGUUCCCAGAUGGCUAUGGUCCCAUUAUCAACCUCCCAUUUACCCACCAGGAUCAGUUCAUCAAACGUUAUGAAUCGCCGAAACUCAUGGAAAGAAUCUUCCACUUCUCGGCGGAAACCAUCGCUGGACUCAAAAGUAAAGCAAAUGCCGAAUAUAACACCACUAAGAUUUCUUCCUUCCAGUCCUUGUCUGCACUUGUCUGGAGAUCCAUAACAAGGGCUCGUCAUCUUCCUCCGGACCAAACCACCUGUUGCCGGCUCGCUAUAAAUAACAGGCCCAGAUUGGACCCACCACUGUCGCCUGACUACUUCGGAAACUCGAUUCAAACAGCGCAAGGAGUGAGCAAAGCUGGUGAGCUACUCGAGCAGAAUCUCGGUUGGGCGGCAUGGAAGCUUCAUGAAGCCGUGGCUAACCACAACGACAGAGCCGUUCGUGGGUUUGUUGAGGAAUGGUUGAAGAACCCAUUUGUUUACCACAUGGAUCUCUUCGAUCCAUUUAGCGUGAUGAUGGGAAGCUCUCCUAGGUUCAACAAGUAUGGGAACGAAUUUGGCAUGGGCAAAGCUGUGGCGCUUCUAAGUGGCUAUUCACACAAGUUUGACGGAAAAGUGUCGUGUUAUCCAGGACAUGAAGGAGGAGGGAGCAUCGAUUUAGAGGUGUGUCUUUUGCCGGAAUUCAUGGGUGCCCUAGAAUCCGAUGAGGAGUUCAUGUCUGCUACCUCUUGAUUCCAUCUAUUGCAGACCAUUGACAUCGUUUCUAAGCUAUCUGUUUUAGUAAUUAUAACCAUCCAUGAAAAAUAUAUAAAUAAGAGACAUAAAGAAGCUUUUCUGCUCCUCUUUGAUCUAA